AUGGCGCAUAUGGUUUUACGUUAAAUUCGCCUUGACUUAUGCCAUAUGUUUAAAUUCGCCGAAGACCCAAUUCGCCUUUCUUUAUUUACUAAAUAAAUUCGGCAAAUUACGAGCGGGAGAAAAAUAAUUAUUUGGCUUCCGAUUAAUUGUAAAAAAUAAGUAAUGUUUAAUUGUGAAAAAUAUGAAACAAUAUUUAUAAAGUUUUGAACCGAGAAAUUUGUAUUGAAAAAUGGGCACGGAAAAUCCACAUGAAGCAAGGACCGGUAGUGGUUGCGGCACAAGUAGACGGAACAGCAGUUGCGGUGGUUACAGCAAUAUUGAUGCCACCCCAAUGCCAAAGCACAUACCAUUUCCUGAGUUUUCCGGCAGUUCAGAACUUAUCAAUGAGCUGGUGAUGUUUCUUUUCACAACCUUUGCCUCCGCAAUGCAAUUUAUUAACAUUUACCGCACGCUAUGGUGGAUGCCGGAAUCUUAUAUAAAGCAUACAGUUAAUGUUCAUCUCAUUGAACCAUACUUGGUAGCGUUCAUCGUAUUGCUGAUGUCGCGGCGUUUCAUUUAUUGUUUUCUUAUACGCGGCCAGGAUUUGCUACACAGCUUUAACAGCAAAUACCGCCGCCUGUAUAGAGUUUUUAUUAAAUACAGUUUUAUUAGCUGGUUUGCAAUACUACUUGGCUUUUGUGUUUUUAAAAUUUACAUAAAACACUCCUUUAUACCCGUAUUUUUGCUCAUCUACCCUCUCGUCAUUUACGUGCUCGUAUUUGGCUUUCAAAUCGAAUCAUUUUUACGCAGCUCGUGCGAAGUUGAAGGUGCCUACUUCAAUGGGAUGCCAAUGCAUUGCUGCUCCAGCAGUCCUGAUACCAUACGCGAUGAAAUUGAUGUACUACGGAAUGAUUUCAACAUACGAUUCAAGCAAAUUUUCUUCACCUCGAUGUUGAAUGCUUACUACGUAGGCCUUGUUCCCUGUUUCUUUACUGUUUCCAUCUACUACAACGUUAUCUGGGCAUAUCAGAAUGCAUUUUACUUUUGGAUAAGUUGUCUUACCAUGGCAGCAGCAUUUGGUUUUCCGUCAAAGUAUAGCGAUAUAUUACAUCGCGCAUCGUUACACUUAGGUUACUGGUCGCGAAUGGAUGUACGUGGCAUUGGUAGUUGUAGUGGUGGCGGUGGUGCGUCUACUGCCACAGCUGCUUCAUGGAAACUUAACAGCGUAUGGGUCCAGGGCAGUGUGGUGAAGCAUAAUGGAGAGUUAUUCAGCUGUCUAAGUCCAGUAACUGUUGCAUUGCCAGGAAAUUCUAGUCAUUCUAGAUUUUAUAAACUCUUCCGCAAUCCAUCCAUUAUAUACAUGGUACUCACGGGUCUCCAAGCAGCCAAUGUUCUCGCAGGUAUAAUAGUUUUAUAUUAUGCCGUCGAAUGGCAUUUUGUGUUGUCGCUGAGCUUUGUAACGCUCACAAACCAAUUUACGUUUUUCAAAAUCAUGCGCGACUAUUUGGUUACGAAACGCAUUUACACAGCGGAAGCAGCAAUAGCAGAACAGACCAAAGCGAAUGCGCAGCAUAGCAACUAAAAGAGAAAACGGAGACUAAGAGACUGCAUACAUGGGCGAAAUAAAAUAAACAAUCACCACAGACUGCGAGAUUCUGAAUAAUUUCCAUGCAUAUUUCUUAAUUUCUAGUUUAAAUAUUUAUGUAUAUUUUCGCUAUUUUGGCGUUGGAAUUCCGUAUUUAUUUCUAAAAUAGUUACUUUGUUCAUUCAACAUUUUUUAUAUUUCAUUACAUAAAAGAUAGUAAAAUGCUAAGUAAACACUGCAAGACUUCAUAAAUAAUAAAAAAUAAAAAGGUAACUUAGCCAAA